AUGACCAACACCAUCCUCAAGUUUCGGAAGCCUCCUGGAGAGCAGUAUGCAGCUGUAGCAAGACUCUAUGGACUGGACUCAGAUCCUCUAAAGCUCACUCAGGCCUUCAGGUUGAGCUUCAAACAACUUGAAAGCGAGGCACCCAACUUUGGUGCAGGAGGCAUUGGUUGGCAGAAGUGGUGGCUGGGUGUGGUGAGGCGCACCUUCACAUCUGCUGGCUGCCCUGCUGACAGCUCCAGUCUUGACACCAUUGGCCACCACCUCAUCAGACAUUUCUCUGGUGGAAAUGCUUAUGAGCUUUUUGAUGGCAGCACUGCACUGCUAGAGGACAUAAGAGGGAGAGGUGCUGUGCUGGGUGCUAUAUCCAACUCUGAUGAGAGGUUGGAGGGUAUCUUAAUCCAUCUGGGAGUGAGACAUUAUUUUGACUUUGUCCUCACUUCCUAUGCAGCCAAAGUUGCUAAGCCAGAUCCCAGGAUUUUCCAGCAGGCAUUGUCAUGUGCAGGUAGCAACAUCACCUCCUCAGAGGCGCUGCACAUAGGUGAUGACCUGCAGCGAGACUACCUGGCAGCCCGAAGGUGUGGGUGGCACAGUGUGCUGGUGUCCAGCCAGCUGCACCAGGUUUGUCAGGAGGCGGGGGUGGCUGUGGAUGGUGCCUCAAUGGUCACCUGCCUCAAAGACCUGCAUUCACUUCUAGACAGAUACACAACAAGCUAA